CGGGCGGCGCGGGGCGGUCCGGCGGGUUCAAAGAGGAAAACAUGGCGGAAAACAAAGGCGGCGGCGAGGCUGAGAGCGGCGGCGGGGGCAGCGGCAGUGCGCCGGUAACUGCCGGGGCCGUCGGGCCCGCGGCGCAGGAGGCGGAGCCGCCUCUCGCCGCGGUGCUUGUGGAGGAGGAGGAGGAGGAAGGCGGCAGGGCCGACGCGGAGAGCAGCGCGGCCCGGCCCGACGACGGGGGGGUGGCCGCGGCCUCCUCAGGCUCGGCCCCGGCCGCUUCGGCCCCUGCGGCCUCCGUGGGCCCUGCGGUUCCCGGGGGGGCGGUAUUGACGCCGGCCCCAGCUCCAGCCUCGGCUCCCGCUCCAGGUCCUUCCGCGGGGCCGCCUCUCGGACCUCCAGCCUCGCUCCUGGACACCUGCGCGGUGUGUCAGCAGAGCUUGCAGAGCCGGCGUGAGGCGGAGCCCAAGCUGCUGCCCUGUCUUCACUCCUUCUGCCUGCGCUGCCUGCCGGAGCCGGAGCGCCAGCUCAACGUGCCCAUCCCGGGGGGCAGCAACGGCGACAUCCAGCAAGUUGGUGUAAUACGGUGCCCAGUAUGCCGCCAAGAAUGCAGACAGAUAGACCUUGUGGAUAAUUAUUUUGUGAAAGAUACAUCUGAAGCUCCUAGCAGUUCUGAUGAGAAAUCAGAACAGGUAUGUACUAGUUGUGAAGACAAUGCAAGUGCAGUUGGCUUUUGUGUAGAAUGUGGAGAGUGGCUAUGUAAGACAUGUAUUGAAGCACAUCAAAGAGUAAAAUUCACUAAAGAUCACUUGAUCAGGAAGAAAGAAGAUGUCUCAGAGUCUGUUGGAGCAUCUGGUCAGCGCCCUGUUUUCUGCCCUGUACACAAACAAGAACAGUUGAAACUUUUCUGUGAAACAUGCGAUAGACUGACAUGUAGAGACUGUCAGCUAUUGGAACACAAAGAACAUAGGUACCAGUUUUUAGAAGAAGCUUUUCAAAACCAGAAAGGUGCAAUUGAGAAUCUACUGGCCAAACUUCUUGAGAAGAAGAAUUAUGUUCAUUUUGCAGCUACUCAGGUGCAGAAUAGGAUAAAAGAAGUAAACGAGACUAACAAGCGAGUAGAACAGGAAAUAAAGGUGGCCAUUUUCACCCUUAUCAAUGAAAUUAAUAAGAAAGGAAAAUCUCUCUUACAGCAGCUAGAGAAUGUUACAAAAGAAAGACAGAUGAAGUUACUGCAGCAGCAGAAUGACAUCACAGGCCUGUCCCGGCAGGUGAAGCACGUUAUGAACUUUACAAACUGGGCGAUUGCAAGUGGCAGCAGCACAGCCUUGCUGUACAGCAAGCGACUGAUUACUUUUCAAUUGCGCCAUAUUUUGAAAGCUCGUUGUGAUCCUGUCCCUGCUGCUAAUGGAGCAAUACGUUUCCAUUGUGAUCCCACCUUCUGGGCAAAGAAUGUAGUCAAUUUAGGUAAUCUAGUAAUAGAGAGUAAACCAGCUCCUGGGUAUACUCCUAAUGUUGUAGUCGGGCAAGUCCCUCCAGGGACAAACCACAUUAGUAAAACCCCUGGACAGAUUAACUUAGCACAGCUUCGGCUCCAGCACAUGCAACAGCAAGUGUAUGCACAGAAGCAUCAGCAGUUGCAACAAAUGAGGAUGCAGCAACCACCUGCACCUGUAGCAACGACGACGACAACAACACAGCAGCAUCCACGACAAGCAGCCCCUCAGAUGUUACAACAGCAGCCUCCUAGGCUGAUCAGUGUGCAAGCGAUGCAGAGGAACAACAUGAACUGUGGAUCUUUCCAAGCCCAUCAGAUGAGACUAGCUCAGAACGCUGCCCGAAUAUCAGGGAUACCCCGGCACAGCGGCCCUCAGUAUUCCAUGAUGCAGCCACACCUCCAAAGACAACACUCAAACCCAGGGCAUGCUGGACCCUUUCCUGUUGUGUCAGCACACAACACAAUCAACCCGACCAGCCCUACCACAGCUACCAUGGCAAGUGCAAAUCGCGGCCCCACCAGCCCGUCUGUUACAGCAAUAGAGCUGAUCCCCUCAGUUACCAAUCCAGAAAACCUUCCAUCGCUACCAGAUAUUCCACCCAUACAGUUGGAAGAUGCUGGUUCAAGUAGUUUAGAUAAUCUACUAAGUAGAUACAUCUCAGGCAGUCACCUACCCCCACAGCCUACAAGCACCAUGAAUCCCUCUCCAGGCCCCUCUGCCCUGUCUCCAGGAUCGUCAGGUUUAUCCAAUUCUCACACACCUGUGAGACCCCCUAGUACCUCUAGUACUGGCAGUCGAGGCAGCUGUGGGUCAUCAGGAAGAACUGCUGAGAAGACGAGCCUUAGUUUCAAAUCUGACCAAGUGAAGGUCAAGCAAGAACCGGGGACCGAGGAUGAAAUCUGCAGUUUCUCGGGCGCCGUGAAGCAGGAGAAGACAGAGGAUGGCCGGAGGAGCGCCUGCAUGCUGAGCAGCCCGGAGAGCAGCCUGACACCACCUCUCUCGACCAGCCUGCAUCUGGAGAGCGAGCUGGAUGCAUUACCAAGCCUGGAAAACCACGUGAAAACCGAGCCUACAGAUACAAACGAGAGCUGCAAACAGUCGGGGCUCAGCGGCCUCGUUAACGGAAAGUCCUCAAUUCGAAGCCUCAUGCACAGGGCGGCGAGGAUGGGAGGAGACGGUAGCAGCAAAGACGAUGACCCAAAUGAGGACUGGUGUGCUGUGUGCCAAAAUGGAGGGGACCUCCUGUGCUGUGAAAAGUGCCCAAAGGUUUUCCAUCUAACUUGUCAUGUUCCAACACUGCUUAGCUUUCCAAGUGGGGACUGGAUAUGCACGUUUUGCAGAGAUAUUGGGAAACCAGAGGUUGAAUAUGAUUGUGACAAUUUGCAACAUAGUAAGAAGGGGAAAACUGCACAGGGAUUAAGCCCUGUGGACCAAAGGAAAUGUGAACGUCUCCUGCUUUACCUCUAUUGUCAUGAAUUAAGUAUUGAAUUCCAGGAGCCAGUUCCUGCUUCGAUACCAAACUACUAUAAAAUUAUAAAGAAACCAAUGGAUCUGUCCACUGUGAAAAAGAAGCUUCAGAAGAAACAUUCCCAACACUACCAAGUCCCGGAUGACUUCGUGGCUGACGUCCGUCUGAUCUUCAAGAACUGUGAAAGGUUUAAUGAAAUGAUGAGAGUUGUUCAAGUUUAUGCAGAAACACAAGAGAUUAAUUUGAAGGCUGAUUCAGAAGUAGCUCAGGCAGGGAAAGCAGUUGCAUUGUACUUUGAAGAUAAACUCACAGAGAUCUACUCAGACAGGACCUUCGCGCCUUUGCCAGAGUUUGAGCAGGAAGAGGACGAUGGUGAGGUAACAGAGGACUCUGACGAAGACUUUAUACAGCCCCGCAGAAAACGCCUAAAGUCAGACGACAGACCGAUACACAUAAAGUAAAAUGAUGUGAACUUAAAUCAACUGUUUAAGCAAGGAAAGAAGAGGAAUAAUGCUUUUUACUGAAGUGUUACUCGAAUAUCCUGCCUACAGUGGGCACCUCCUUGAAGAAGCCGAUAGCUUUUACAUAGUAUUAGAUUGAAGUAAUGGACAGAAACACAUUCUUGUCAAGAAAGGGGGAGAGAACUCUAUUUGCACCAUUAAAAGUAACAAUGAGAAGCAAAAGUGACACGACACGAAAAUCUCUGUCACUAGAGAGAAGAGUUCUGACCGGUAGAGCCGGCAGACGGUGGUGGCUGUGGUGCUGCUGGGUGCAGGGCGCUGGGCGUGAACACCCGAGGGUCACGUCGCUCGAUGGGUUGUUUCUUUGGACCAUAGUGCACGGUUAUUAAAACAGCGUGUGCGCCUCCCCCGCCCGCACACGCACCGGCCUGUUUUCUAGGUAAAGUCAGAGUUGCUCUGACUCCAUUUUCGAUGUCCGUGCGGAUGUGCAUCGAAUCACACCUUCGCAUCGCUUCUCACAUCGAUGCUCUUGGGCCUCAGUUUUCGUGUUGGUUUGAGAUUCAGCAGUUGUGUUUUCUGUUCCUACUUGGAGUCUAGGAAACGUGACCACUGAUCAUCAUUUAAUCAGUUUCAGUGGUCUCCUGAAAUAAACGUGGUGACUUUCGCAUUGCAGAUCACAUGAUUAUAGUAAUCAUUUCCAGAAACGACUUCCCCAGAACUGCACCUCUCAACCCAGCCGCCAUGUCAGAGUUAUUCCCAUGAAAGGCAGAAUGUCGGGUUCAAAAUUAACCUGGUUUUCUGUGCAUUGAAAUUUGAUUGAGAAGGUGACAACUGGAUCUUAUCCAGUCUUCCUUCGUAUCAGUUUCCUGAUAGACCACUAUUGGCAAACAGUAAUCUGUCAGCUACCAAAUGUGUAAAAUUUUCUGUACUUCACUUUGUCUUAUUUGUAAAUAGUGAACGAAAACUUCCGGCAGAUCAGCAACAUUUGCUGAGCCUGUUUUUUAAGCUAAUGUGUAUUCUUACUAAUGUUCCUAUCAAGAAUGGAUUUGUAAUAUAUGCUGUCUAUUUCUAAUGUUCACAUUCAUAUUUUGAGGGUCUAUGUUAUUUUAAUAGAGAACAGACUUCUCAGAAAAUCUUCAGAAGCAGCUUAUUAUUAAAACAUCAAAAUAUUGACAGAAACCUGGUAGGGUUAGAUUACUCAUCUGCCCACCAAGUGGGACGUGUGCGUGGACCGAGGGCCUGAGGGACGAGAAGAGAGCUGUGAGGAAAUCCCGAGAACGCGCCAGUUCCCGCUUGAAUGAAUGGGUGGCGAUCCCACCGGCGUCGCGCCCGGAGUUCGGCACCCGGGGCAGACAGACCACCUCGGCUCUGCUUCGUUUUCUCCCCUUCAUUUGUGAUGCUCAUGUCCGAGAUGUGUGCUUGGGACUGUGUACAUACAGGCUUCUCUUCUGUUGGAUUUGAAAUUUCAGUCCUGCUUUUGUACGGACCCGUUAGAAUAUAAAGUGACCAAAAUAGAAGACUCUCUCUCCAUCAGAUAUUUUCAGUCAUCAGCAGAUUCGUGGCAAAUUGUUUGCCUUUUAAAAAAAUCCAGCUUCAGCAGUUCAGACAGAUUACUCAAUAAAAGUCACUUGACAUGAUUGUCUAAGAGGUCAAUAUUUUUUAGUGCGUAUUGAAUCAAAUAAAGUGCUCUAAAGAAAUUAUUAUGCAAACUCCUUUGGGUUGUUAUUCUUUUGUGGACGAGCGGUGGGGUGGACACGAGUGUGAUCCAAGCCGUCGGUGGUGUGUGACCGGUGCUGCCGCCGCUGCCGCUGCUGCUGCCCGACCUCGCUUCCGGCUUCCCGUCAGCUUCUCUCUGAGUUUCGUCGUGAGUUAAACCGGAAAAGGUCCCUAACUGUUCUGUUAUUUUACUCCGAUUUCAAAUUCCUAUGAAAAGUUUCCUUGUAAGAGGGAGAAAAUUGUUUUAAAAGACUUCUGUCUGUGCUCAUUUCCUUCUUUCUGACAAUAUCUGUGAUUUUAAUUUGUCAGGAGACGUACCUAAGGGCACAGUUUUGGAAAGUGACAAGUAGCAGCAUAGCUUUAUUUUGUCUAAUAUUUAAUACUUGCUCUUCUCUCUCACAGUUAGUAGAUAAGUCAUAUAUAUAGUUUCUACCAAUGGAGGGAGAAACAGAAUUUUAACUAAAUAUUUAUUUCUCAAUGUUUGGGGCCUUAAAAGAUAGUAUGUUCCCUUAAAGACAUUUCCAUGUUGGAUGGGGUUUUCCCUCUUUGUUUUAUUUCGAGAUUGGUUCUUAAAAAGCCACUUAAUUGUCAACCUUUAAUGGGCUCCAUUUCUGUUACCUGAAGAUACUUCGUGCUGCUGAGGAAUUACCAUUAGCUAACAGCUAUCAGUAACCCAUUUUCAAAUGAAGAUGUUUGCUUUAGAGUUCAUUUAAAGCUUUUUUCUUGCACACUGAUUAACUGAUCUAAGCUGUUUCUAAGUUGAUCCAUUCAGUGCUAAUAUAACUGUUCAAAAGUAUAGAAACUGAAAUUGAUAUUUAAGAUAUCUGACAUGUCUCCCUGUUACGUUUUAAAAAGACAAGCGUCGAACAGCAGUUCCUGAAGGCAGCUUGUUUCCAUCUCGGGCACUUGCAUUCUUCAUUCAGAGGUAGCCUUUUCAGUUUGGAGAUGGGAAUACUUUCUUAAAGCUUGCAAAGUUUUUGCCUCGUUUCAGUUUCAUCUCCUGUCAGAACACCAAGAACAAAGUAUUCCUUGGUCUGUUUUGCUGGCCUAAAUGCGUGUGUUUUGGUGCUUAGCCGAGCUGAUUCGCUGCAGGAAUUGCUUUGCAGGGUCAGGCACGUGCGUGCCCCAAACGGUCAGGUUGUAGGCCAUGCUCCGUAGAGAAACACCCAGUCCUGACACACAGAAGGGACCGAGCGCUGGCCCCCUCCACUGUCGAGGUUACCCUUUUCAGAAUCCACCAGGCACUUUCUGACUUCUAUUUCUUAAGGGAAUUUUAAAUAAAGUUUAAAGUCAGUUAUAAUUCUCACUUUCUGUGAACGGUUUUUGAAAAUUUUUGUUCAUCCAAAGAAAUGGUGUUUUUAAAUAGAAGCAAAAGGUUUACAGUGUGCAAACUGUAGAUUUAUUAAUUACCUCAGCAGGUAUCCUGCCAUGUAAUUGUCAGUGAUUAGUGUUAACAAGUUCAUAGGUUUAGGUCUCCUGACUCUGCCCUUGGACCGGGGCCCACCAGAUGUCACUCAGCAGUCUCUCCGUGUUUCGAAAUGGGAGCAGACACCGUGGCUUCCUUGCCCUUGACCUUUUAAGUUCCCUGCCUCCUCCCACUCACACAUAACACACGAAGUAACGAAAUCUCUCUUGUUAGCCUUGCUUAUUUGCAUAAUCAGCAUUGGAUCAGUGAGUAGCUUCAGAAAAAUCUAUCCACCCCAACUCUGUUCAUUAAAAUAAUUAAGUUCUGAAUUCAUACUGUGAUUUCUUCACGUGCAUCUGUGUUAAUAAUCUGCUGAAGGCGAUCCACGGCUUUCAAGGGGCACCCCAGUUCGAUCCUGUGCCGACCGAGAUGUUUUCUUUCGUUUCCCCGGUGCCCUCUCCUCCUCGAUAAAGCAAUAACACUGCUUUCAGUCCGCUGCCCGAGCACGCCGCGUCCUUGCCCGGACGGCGGUUUUGUAGGGAAGUUUGUAUGCACAUCACCCAGUCUCUUUUAGAAAUGAAGAAAGUGAAAUAUGCGCUGGAGCUAAUGACAAUAUAUUGUGGCGUUUUAUUUUAAAAAUUGGGGAAAGUUGCAUAUUUUUUUAAACGUAGGUGUUUGAGUAAAAAAAUUGAAGGUACUUUUUUAAGAAAAAAAUUUAUAUGCCUCAGUUUACGUAGACAGUUCAGAUUUCCACACGUACUCGGGGAUAGAAUGGUUUCUGUUACUGGGUCCGAAUGCAUGUGUAGCGUCGUCCCUUCCGUCUUGGUUCCUUGUGUUUGCCUUUGUGGUCUUUUAUAUAUAUAUUUUUAUUGUAUCAGAGAAACUAAACGAAGUCCAUUUGGAUAUAUUUGUCAUAAUCAAACUACCAAAUGUACAAAAUUAAGUUUAGCCCGCUUGUAGCAAGUGAUCUUUAAAACUGAAAAUGCUGUUCUUUUAAAUUCACCAAAUUUGCACGUGGGAGGGCACAGAAGUGAUUUCUAAGUGCCACUGCAAUCACUAUUCCCUUUCGAGUGUGGCCUAAAUUGCAGCCUUAGGAAUGAAAUGGCGUGUCUGGUCUGUCCCCUGGUCUGAAAAAUGUAGGCAUUCACUAUGUUUUCAGUCAGCGAAAGGUGUCUAUAUGCCUAUCAAAAAAGGUUUGUGCGACCUGAAAGCCUGUUAAUUUUCUAUGUAGAAAUACUGUCACACAAAAGGGUUAAAUUCAUAGCCUUACUAGUUCCUUGCCCCCGGUAUUUCAGCUGGUCUCCUUCCCUCAUUAUUUUUAUUACUACUACUACUACCACAACUCCUGUUAUUUUUGCACAUAGUUAACUUACCCUUCAGUAUGAUUCUUAAAGAAAAAGUGCUGUUUCUGUGGUAUUGUAUUCUCUAAAUAAUCAUAUUUAAUUUUUUUAAAAAAAGUUGCAGUUUCCAAUUGUUCCGUUCCUGUGUUUUUUGCUGGUGUGUAAUAAAAGCAAGAUUUUCUUUUCAUGGUUAUUUAAUACACUAGCUGCCUGUAAAUAUUUCUUGUUACAAUGCUCUGGAAUGUGUUGUAGAAGUUGUAUUAGAUUAGUUUAAAUCUUUGUUUGAAAGCCACAUUGUUUCGGUUAUUUCUAUUAAAUUAGAAAAUUGAAAAAG